AGCAUUAAACAAAAAAAAAAAGGAAAAAUCAAAAAAAAAAAAGAAAAGAAAAAGGAGCAGCGAUUUUGCAUUUGCACGUUGUAAUAAACGCCGGACGGAGUACAACAUAAAAUAAUCUCGAUUCUCGCCCUUCUUAGCAGUUACGCUUUACCUUGUUUGACUCCCCACACUCUCUCUCGGCACGAAAAAUCUGCCACACUAAACGACUGUUACAAGAUCAGAUGGCGGAAGGAGGAAACCCGUCGAGGUAUGUGAAGUUGACAAAAGAUCAAGCGCCGCGCGAGGAUAUUAAGCCUGGCGAACUUAAUCAGCCUAUUGAUGUCCCUCAGUUAACUGUUCGGAAGUGCCAUGAGUGUGGACAAGCUUUGCCGGAGAGUUUUCAGCCUCCUGCUGACGAGCCUUGGACAACUGGCAUUUUUGGAUGUGCAGAGGACAAAGAUAGUUGUAUGUCUCCACGGAAGAACUUGCCACGAGAAGUUAGAAAGGGUAAUGCUCCAGAUAAAGGCAAAGCAAAAGCUACUUCUGCAAAGGGAACAGAACCGGUCUCCAAAAAUAGUUCGAAAGUCCCGGAUGUCCAAGCUAUCAUUAAGCGCACACGGGAGGUUGGAAAGGAAGCGGAUCAAAUUCGGUUUAGUGUGGAUGGUGUGAAGGAAUUAUAUGAUGAUUGGGUAACCACUCGGGGCUUCCAUUCCGAGAAGGUCUUUAGCAUGAAGGGAGUUGACAACCAUUUCCCCGAAAUCAUCACCGAGGUUAAAGAACGGGCAUGGGAACUCUUCACGGAUAUGACGCCUUCCACUCACCCACUAUGCUAUUUCCCGAAUAUUGUUCGUGAAUUCUAUGCUUCCUACGUUGUUUGGUACAAAAUAUAAAAUGCCAAUUGCCGAACAACCAUGUCUCGAGAGUGUAUUAGUUCGAGGGGUGGAAGUUUCUUGCACGGCCUCGGAGAUCAAUGUGCUCUAUUUUGCUUGUGACUUAGAUUCUGCGGUGAAGUGCAAGAAGAUGAUAUUUGGCAGACAUCAAAGUUUUCCGUGGCUUGCUAAGGGCCUUCCUCCACAGGCUAAUAGUGAAGGUCAAAUCAAGAGGAGAUUUCUUUCGGUUCAAGUCAAACAUUGUCUUGGAUUUGUGGGUAAUCGUCUACUCCCCUCAAGAAAUGACCAAGAUGUCGCGGUUGAUAGGGCUAUCAUUGUUGGAUGCAUCAUGGAUAAAAUUAAGAUCAAUCCGGGAGAGUUGAUAGCGGAGAUGAUGAAGGUCAGGGUAAAGCAAUCGAGCACUUCCGGCACUCAUAUCUAUGCUUUGCCUUAAGUUCAAAGUCCCGCUACUCUCUAAUAUUGAUAGACGGUUAUAUGCACCGGAGUCAUUGAUAUCACACAUUGCAGGGAUGAGGAUAACCCUACGAGCAUAAAGAGGAAAGCUUUGAUUUUGGUAGACUCGGGUGCGGAAGGGUUGCCGAGCUCAGAGGGAAUGGAGAUCCCUCCGGAUUCUACACUUGAUGCCGAGACUCAUCAUGAUUCCACCGAUACUUCUCCAUCAUCAAGCACCGCACCACCACCUCGGUCUAUACAAUUAGCGCGGUCUUCUACGGUGACUUUUGCUAAGGUUGCUUCCAUGACUUUGGCAAACAAUGCUACUCUUACCCGAUUGGUGGCGGACAUUCCCCAGUUUAUUCGGGAUGCUAUAGCACCUCUUCGUGCCCGCAUAGCGAAGUUAGAGCAGAGUGGCCACGCUUGAGGCGAGGAGAGAUUGUGAGGGGGUGACAUUUGUGAGGGCAGACCUUGAUAAUUUACAGGCGGAGAUUCACUCCAGACAGCCCUUGAUACAAGUACGACCAUAAGGAUGGACGUGUUAAAGUGUAAUGAGCCUGAGGCUUGGAGUGUGCAAGAAAAAUGCAAAAGAGGGCCUAAAACACACACCAAAACCGAACCCACACUACACUCCAUGGGCUGCAUUUUGAGGCUUUUCAUUAAAGGGCAUUUUGGUCAUUUUGUAUUCUAGUUGUAACCUAGUAUAAAUAGAACAUUGUAGGUCAUUUUGUCUUAGACUUUUAUGAUAUUUGUAAGUUGUAUAACACUUUGAAAGACAAGUCCUUUCUUCUCUUUAGGAGGCAACCCGAAAUUAGGGUGAUACUAGUGUGGAAUCACUAGUGUUGCAUUCAUGGUUUGAGACGUUGGUGUUUAGAGGAGGUAAAGUACCUCUUGUGUCAACGUAGGAGUUAGGUUAACCGUUGCGUGUAGUGUUAAGGGUCCAAGAGUAUCACAUGUCCUUGGGUUCUUAAGAUUAUACCAACCAAGGUCUAACUAUCUAUCCUUUGUUCAUUGUAAUCUUGUAACCAUUUGUGUAUCUUGUAAUCUUCAAUCCGUGAGUUGUUGUCUCAUGUUGUUAUUGUUCUUAUCAUAUUGUUGUCCACUUUGUUAUGUUGCGGUUUUGGUGUGGUUAUACACGUUAUUAUCUCAUCAUUGUGUAGCAUUCUUGGUUUUGGACUUGUUUCCAACUUGUCUCGGUUUUGUAUUGUGUUUGUAGACUAUUUUUGUGGCUGUUUUGGUACAAUCCAUGUUGGUAGUGUAUCAUUUGGUAUCAAAACCAUCUUUGAUUUUGUUUUAACAAGAUCAAUCUUGGGCUUGAGAGUUGAAGAAUAAAAAAAAAAAAAAAGUGAAGUGUUCUUGAGAUUGUUCUUGGCCGAAAGUUGGGUCUUGUUAUCAUCUUGGCCGAGACAUGUUUCUUUAUGACUAGAUCUUGUAGUCUUUUUUUUUAAAGAUUGUUUCUAGUGUUGGUUUCUUUCUCACCAACACUAAAGUGUCUAAAUUUAAAGUUUUGAACUUAUGUUGUUGACCUUGUUGUUGUAAAUUUGAAGUUGGCCGUGUGUUGAUUGACUUGAUCUUGGCCGUGUAUUGCAAUUUGUUGUGGACUUGGAGGUGAAUGUUGGUGGUGUUGUUGUUCUUGAGAAAUUGUUGUUGAGAUCUUGUUGUUCUUCACCUCUUGACAUCUUUUGACUAAUAUAAAGUAUGACAUAGAUGCAAAAAGGUGUAAGAUAAAGUUAAAAAGUUGUUGGUGAAGAGACUUGAACACAUCACCUCAAAGACUUGUCAACCACUUUUCCAUAUUUCAAGGACCUUAUUUUGUGGGAAUAGUAUAAGUCGUCACACCUUUUUGAGUUGAAGUUGAAAAAGUUGCAAACACUUGAAUUUUUCCACCAAAACACAUUCUUCCAUUCCAAAUUGUAUCAAGACAAAGGCGUCAAGUUGGUGAUGUAAAAUUGUGUGGGACCGUGACCAAUUACGUGGUUGCCACGUCAUCGCGUUUUACUUUUCACACAACAUAAUUAAGGUCAAAUUUUAGAUUUCUUAGUUUCUAAUCUUUGUUUCUUAGUUGCAUUUAGUUGAUCCUAGAACUAAUUAACAAACUAGUAAACUCCUACUAGAUUGUCAAUUAGUACUUUGAAUCCAUUGUUCGUGUCUUUGUUUCUUUUGUGUUUUUGUCGUUUUUAAAAUCGCAGUACUUCUUGGUUCAAGUUUGGACAUUACUUUCCUUAAGUCUUCAAACAAAGAAUCCAUUCCGACCAAGGAGUAGACUCACCUCUCGACUCAUCACGAACUAUGAGCCGACUUGCAACACUUGU